UUCCUCUUCCUGUCAAGAUGGCAGCCUCCUUGGGACAAGGUGUUUUGUAUCGGCCUGGAAUAUGUCAGCUUAUAUCAUCGUCAAGCUUAAAGUGGCUGUCUGCUGCUGACUGUAGGCUGCACACUUCCAGCCAUCUGAAAGUAGAUCGUAGGAAAGAUAGAGAUAUUAUGCAGCAUCUUCAUUAUAGAGACCACGAGAAAACUCUUAAACACAGAAACACACAGCUUGUAGAAUUGCCAGAUUACUCUUAUAUUGAUGGUCGGGCAACAGAAUUGAUGUUGGGUCAACAGUCGAGACAGCAACGCAACUACUCCAUGGCAAAAAAGGUUGUUCAGUUGGUGGAGGAGAUGAAGUUUGCACAGACACACUACAUGGAUGUGAAAACUAGUAAGAAACAGAAAAUCCAAGAACGAUUUGACUCAAGAUUGAAAUCGAAAACGCUGGACGAAUGAUCGUAGUUGCAUCCUUGUUUGUAGUCUUUUUCUAUGAUAGAAUGUUUGCACAGCAUUGUGAUAUUGCACAUUAACAUUGAAAAUAAAAUACAUUUCAUUAAUAUAAAUAUC